CUUCUUCAACCGCCCGCCUCUCCCCUCCCCUCCCCUCCCCUCCUCGCUCUCUCUCUUUUUCCUUAUAUAAUUGAUUUCACUAUCCAAUCACCCAUAUAUGCCGUCUGUACACCCCGACAUCGAUCGGGUGAAAGGUCCGUGGAGUCCGGAAGAGGACCUCUUACUUCGAAUGCUAGUCCAGGAUCAAGGCGCUCGGAACUGGUCUCUUAUCAGUCAAUCCAUUCACGGCCGCUCCGGAAAAUCCUGCCGUUUACGCUGGUUUAAUCAGCUAUGUCCUGGGCUGGACCGUCGUCCUUUCACGCCAGAAGAGGACGCAUUCAUCGUGGAUGCACAUCGUAUUUACGGAAACAAAUGGGCGACCAUCGCCAGGCUUUUGAAUGGACGAACCGACAAUGCGAUUAAGAAUCACUGGAAUUCGACAUUGAAACGGAAGUAUGGUUCGAAUAGGGAGAAGAAAACUGAUCAUUGUGGGAUCAGUCAAGGUUCCACGAUUUCUGUUUGGAAUCAGUGUUUGAGUCAGAGAUCGGAGUCGAGCGAUUGGGAUGAGAUAAUAGAACCACCGUCGACUACAUUAACUCUGUGUCUUCCCGGUAGUGAUGAGUUACCGCAUAAGAGUAUUUCAUCUUUGCCGGUGGAGGAUAUGGUAGAGGAAAGGAAGGGAGGGAAACUGGAUUGGUUUGGUGAGGAAUUUAUGUGUGUGAUGCAGAAGAUGAUUAAAGAAGAGGUGAGGAAUUACAUGGCUGAAUAUGAAAAAUAAAGGUAAAGAAUGAGUUUUUGUUGGUAUUUGUUUCUGUGUCUUUUUUGAGCUGCCAUUUGUUUAUACACAUUCCAUUAUUCCUUCUUAUCACAGCCCUUCAUUGUAUUUAGCAUUUAGGAAUGAUUUUAAAUAUAUAGUUUUUUUUUUUUUUUUUUUUCAUUUUUCAUUGAAAUAUUUUGACCAUAUUUUGCUUUUAUUGCCAUUUUAGGAUUUUCAUAUUUUAUCGGAUUCAUAUAUGAAAAAUAGGAAUAAUAAUUUCCCAUUA